UUUUCUUUGCCUGUCUCUCCUUGUGGCGGUUCAUGGUUUUGUGCCAAAGUAAUGAAACUUGGUUACGGAGUCAUUUAUGGGUUCAUUUUAUCGCUGCAUUUUCUGUCAUUUCUUAAGUUAUAGAGCUUACAGUUUGGAGCUUUCUGGCAACUCGCCUUUUGUGGCCAUUUUUUAAUCAUUUGGCUUUGGUUAUCAACUGCUUUCUUAAGGCUAACUGGGGUCGGCAUAUGUUUUUGUGCAUGUUACUAUUGAAUGGGAUUCUUAAUUAUGAUAAUUCGGAUUAGGAUCCAGUUACGGCUGUGACUCUGGAAGGAAGAUAGAAGUGGAUCAGCAAUUAUUUAAGUAUUUUUAAUGUGAUUUUUAUGGUUGAGAAGUCGAGAGAAAAUAUUUUUCAUAUUUUUGUGUCUUGGAAUAAUUAGAGAUAAAUCCUUUUUCAAGCAUUUGCUAAAGAUGAAAGUCCUAAAGCACAAAUAGAAAAAGAAUUGAAUGUAGUUUCAUGUGACUGAAGUUAUUAGUUAGCAAGCCAGAAAAAGUUUCAAGGAGAAGGCUAGAAGAGGCUUUUUGAGGUUCUUUACUAUUUUAAGUACCUGACAAAUUUUGGUGAACAAGAUGGAGGCAGUGAACCAGAAGUCUAUUGAAAGAGUUGUAUCACAGAGAGCUCUGCAAAUGGGGAGUUCAUUUCCUUGUCAAAUUUGUGUUGUGGGUUUUCUCUGUGGAGUAUGCCUCACCUCUCUGUUUCUUGCUACUCUUACUUCAUUUGGUAGUUUUGAGUUUGGGGGAAUUUCAUUGUCUUCCAUAUCAAUGGGAACUCCACCUGGGAAUUCAAGUUCAGAAAUUAUCAAUGUGGUUACAAGUACAGAUUGCAAAUUUAAAUUGACAGAAAAAGAGAGAUGGGUCGAUUCACAUCGAAAUGAAAGAGAAGCUGAAGAUGAGAGAGUGUCCCUAUUAUAUUCAGCUUGGGGUGCUUUACUUACUGAAUCAGCAAUUGAAGAAAGAGAGUUUUCAAAAAGGUUUGGACUGGAAAGAUCCAGUGUGCCAGAACCUCCUCAUUUUGAGGACUGCAAGUUGAGUGCACGAGUAAAUACACGCCGUGAUACCCAAUCUGAGAAUGGGGACUUCCCUCCUUGGACAAGUUGGAAGGGACUACUGGACACGUAUCCCACAUCCACAGCCAAUGAACAAAUUAAACAUUUUAGGCAGCGUUCCAUUUUAGAAGGCUCUUAUCCUCCUUGGAUUACAGGGUCUGAUGAGGAAAAUUAUCCCCUUACUAGGAAAGUGCAACGUGACCUGUGGGUCCAUCAGCAUCCAUCAAACUGCACUGAUCCUAAUAUAAGAUUUCUUGUAGCUGACUGGGAAAGAUUGCCUGGGUUUGGUAUGGGGGCACAGAUUGCUGGAAUGUGUGGGCUCUUUGCUAUUGCAAUCAAUGAAAAAAGGGUCCUUGUCACAAAUUAUUUUAAUCGGGCUGAUCAUGAUGAUUGUAAAGGUUCAUCUAGAUCAAGUUGGUCUUGCUAUUUCUUUCCUGAGACCUCACAAGAAUGUCGAGACAGGGCAUUCGAGCUUAUGGGCAGUAAAGAGGCAUGGGAAAAAGGAAUCAUAACAACAAAAGACAAUUAUACUUCAAAGGCAAUAUGGGCUGGAAGGACUCCUAGGGUAUGGGGUGAACCUUGGAGUUAUUUGCAGCCCACAACAGAAAUAAAUGGCAGUCUUAUCGCCUAUCAUCGCAAAAUGGAUAAAAGAUGGUGGAGAGCACAGGCAGUACGCUACUUAAUGAGAUUUCAGACUGAUUACAUGUGUGGUCUGAUGAAUGACGCUCGCCAUGCUGCAUUUGGGAAGGAAGCUGCAAAAAUGGUUCUUGCAAGUCUUCCCAGAGAAUGGCCAAAGGUUGAUGUGAUGAACAACUCAAGAUCUGAUAUAGAAGAAUUUGUAUGGUCAAGUCACAAGCCAUGGAUCCCAAGGCCACUGCUAAGUAUGCAUGUGAGAAUGGGGGACAAGUCAUGUGAAAUGAAGGUGGUUCAAUUCGAAGAGUAUGUGCGUCUUGCUGUUCGUGUUCGAAAGCGCUUUCCACAUCUCAACAGCAUUUGGCUCUCCACUGAAAUGCAGAAAGUUGUUGAUAAAACAAAACAAUAUCCCCAUUGGAAUUUCUACUACACAAACGUGCCACGUCAAGUGGGAAACAUAACAAUGGCAAAAUAUGAAGCAAGUCUUGGUAGAAAAACCAGCACAAACUAUCCCCUUGUAAAUUUCUUGAUGGCUACUGAAGCUGACUUCUUUAUUGGAGCUUUGGGUUCAACAUGGUGCUUUCUUAUUGAUAGUAUGAGGAAUACUGGUGGAAAAGUAAUGGCCGGAUAUUUGAGUGUCAAUAAGGAUCGAUUCUGGUAGAAAUGAAUAUGAACCAUGGAGUUGUACAGCUGUGUUUGAAAUUUGAUUCAGACCUCUUCAAGACUGCUAAAGUCUUAAGAACCCUAAUACCUCCCUUGGUGGUUGGCCAAAACAUUUGUGAUGACAGUACAGUACUGAGGAGUGGGGAGGUUACUUGGCAUCUCAAAGCUGAAUCUAAUCUAUUCUUCAGCUGAAGUAAGAAUUCCGGUAGAUUUAUGAGGCAAGUUGAGCGCGGAAGCCAAUUCUCUGAUACCAUGGGAAAUCAUUUUAUCUGUUUGUGGGUUGGUAGACACUUCUUGUAUAUUGUUUGUAUUGUACAUGCAAUCUAAUGUAACAUAUAUGUAACUAAAAUCACCAUAUCCAAUUUCGUAUCUCCUGGAAACCAUCUUCAGCUAAGAAUAAAUUCUCUCUUAUAAGAAUAA